AUUCUUCCUGCAGACAAACUCACCUCUAGUGACAGGCUGGUCCUCAAGUACUGUUGAAGAAGGUGUUGGACCUGGGGAAGAGUGGUUGAAGGAGCUCAUAGAUCCCUCAGCCAUUUUGCCAUGACACCAUCAAGUGUCUUUCUGAUGGUGAACCAGAGAGGAUCCAGGUUGAUGUUACAUAAGGACAGUGGUUCCCAGCCUGGGUGACGGCACCCCUUGCGGGGUCAUGAGAUGAAUCUAACGAGUUGUGAGCUGACUGAUUUAUUGAAGAGAUUCCCAUUGGACAAGAGUUGGAGGGUCUCGGAAAUUAGGAUCAGACACCUCCCGCCCCCCCCAAAAAAGGCAAAAGCCACAGUAUAACAGGGCUACUAGUGAUCUUGUCCAACUGAAAUGUUUGGGAAUCUGUGGAUACUCUGCCUGUGUCUGUGCUUCUCCUGGGCUGAAGCUCGUAUAUGGGCCUGGAUGCUCAACAUGCCUCACAGUCCUCCCAAAGAUGGAGCAAAGGCACUUAGAGAAAGCACUCCCAUCGCCAAAGCAAUCACGGCUGUGUGCGACCAUGACAGAUCCUGUGGGCGGGGUUUUUCCUGUGAUCGUCACUUUGGUCUGUGUGUCCCUCUGCGAGGGGAGGGCCACUAUUGUCGGAGGGACGCCCAGUGUGUCCGUGGCCUCAGCUGCAUGUUUGGGAAGUGCCACCGUAGCAUCCCCAAUGGACAAGAGGGGGCCAGAUGUAAAGUUGACAGGGAUUGUGGGGCAUCUAUGUGCUGUGCCCGACACCAUGGUGAGCAGGUGUGCAAGAGACGUUUGAUUCGUGGCGAGAGCUGCUAUGUGCCCGAUGGUGGCCUGGCAUUCAGCAUAAACCAGAUUUGUCCAUGUGACGAGGGGCUGCUGUGUCGUGAAAACAGUGCACCACACAGGAGAGAGAGAGAUUUUUUUUAUCAGCCAGAAAGAACAAGUUGGACCUGUCAAGUGCCCAAACCAUGAUGCCAACCUCAAUACUAAAGCUAUUUAAUAUGUACAUAUGUUAUAUAUGAUUGUAUAUAAAGAAAUGUAUGUUAUUUCCAAAUAUGUUCUUAUGGCAAGGAUGUUUUUGUAUCAUUUCAUUCUGUAAAUUUUGACAAAAGCACUACUGUAUGUAGCUGAGCUCAACAAAGCUGUGUCUUCUACAAUAUCUUCCUCAUGCAUUUAGUGAUCUUUGAGUAUAUCUAUAAUGUCUAGUUUAAAGAAUAAAAAGACAUUUGUUUUUCACAACAUUUACUAUAAUCACUGCUCUCUUUGUUUUGAACAUACAGGGGAUGUUGCAAAGAAUUAAACACACAAUAAACCCAAAUGAAUAAAAAAGAAAAAAAAAACUGAACUUUUGUUCACAGUUUAAAAUCAAAAAGAUGGAUUUUGGGUGCUUGGACUGUACAGACCCAUAAACACAGACUCGAUCUCCGUCUGAGCUUGUUUCUGGAAUCACAGGCCACCAUUGCAUAACAUGGUGAAAUCUUGUGGCUCCUGAUUGUUAGCAUCACCAGAUGCUGUAACGCUAUCUGUCCCCUGACCCCUUCUAAGAUCAGUAUCUUCCUCGGACUAUCCCUUUACGAAUUCCCCCUUCGCUCCAUUCAGAUGCUAAUCGUCUGCAGUUUGCCCCUUCAAUUGCUUGGUGACUUGAAUUGUUCUGUGAAGGACAUUAGUGUCUAACAUCUUUGCUAUCGUCUUACAGCUCUUAUCAUUAGGUCUUUGCAAGGAGGUAUUUG